AUGCUGUGCCGCUUGCAUCUCACCAUGCCUCGCAGCUCCCCGCUCAGUCGUGUCCUGUGGCCGAGCCCUGGCUCGCUCUUCGAGGAAAUCGAGCGAGAAAUGGACGCUGUUUGGGAGCGGCUGAGAAGCAACUGGCCAUCCGCGGUGACCAGCCACGAGAGAGCCCGUCGGACGGACACGGCCAGCCCCGCCGAAGGGUUCGCGGUGACCCAAGAUAUGGCCGGAUUUGACCCCAAGGAGCUGGUGGUCAGACUGGUCGGGGAGAAGGUGGUGUUGACGGGCAAGAAGGCCACGGAGACGCCCAGCGGGCCCUUCCGGUACGAGUUGUUCCGAAGGGAAUGGGAUGUGCCCGAGAAUGUGGACCGCGACCAUCUGACCUGCUCGAUUUCUAGCGAGGGGCAGCUGCGGAUUGAAGCCCCAUCCUUGGCAUCAGAACCCCCAACGAGAACAGUGCCCAUCGAGGUCAGCCGGUCGGAGAACAGUGCCCGAGUCGAGCCAGAAUCAGGAGGCACGGAAGACCCCAGGGCCAAAGCAUGAGAGACUGAACUGAAAAAUAUUAUUUUUUUGGACAAAAA